GUGGAUGAGUGACGUACUGCUGGGACGCAUGCCCCGUGCGCACUGCGCGUCCUGGCCUGUCAGUAGUAGCCAGAUGGAAACAUAGGCAAGUGAAUUCGGUGAGGUCAUGUAUUUUUAAGCCGCACAACGGAAUAAAUCAUCCUUUACCGGCGACACAGACAAACACGAUCACCGCCGAUCGGACCGAUAGUAAUCAUUUGAUGACAGAGAGGACAUUUUUGGAUGCACAGAAAGCUGUAAUUGAAGAUUUCGCCAUGAACAAAAACAAAAAAGAAAGAGAGUUCUACAGCCUAGAUGUUGGGGACUCAACGUUCACAGUACUGAAGCGAUACCAGAAUCUAAGACCCAUCGGCUCAGGAGCUCAGGGAAUCGUCUGCUCUGCUUAUGACCAAAACCUUGAACGAAAUGUUGCCAUCAAGAAGCUGAGUCGGCCGUUUCAGAAUCAAACCCAUGCCAAGAGGGCGUACAGAGAGCUAGUCCUAAUGAAAUGUGUCAAUCACAAAAAUAUCAUUGGCCUAUUGAACGUAUUCACACCACAAAAAUCAUUAGAGGAAUUCCAAGAUGUAUACUUGGUGAUGGAGCUGAUGGAUGCCAACCUGUGCCAGGUCAUUCAGAUGGAGCUGGACCAUGAGAGGCUGUCCUAUCUGCUAUAUCAGACGUUGUGUGGUAUCAAACACCUCCACGCUGCUGGCAUCAUUCACAGGGACCUCAAGCCUAGUAACAUAGUUGUCAAGUCAGAUUGUACACUGAAGAUUCUGGACUUCGGCUUGGCUCGGACGGCUGCCACGGGCCUCCUGAUGACACCGUAUGUGGUUACACGCUACUACAGAGCACCAGAGGUCAUCCUGGGGAUGGGCUACCAAGCCAAUGUGGACAUAUGGUCUGUGGGCUGCAUACUGGCAGAAAUGGUUCGCCAUAAAAUCCUCUUCCCAGGAAGGGACUACAUUGACCAGUGGAACAAGGUAAUUGAGCAGCUAGGCACUCCAACUCAGGAUUUUCUAAUGAAGCUGAACCAGUCAGUGAGAACGUAUGUCGAAAACAGGCCACGCUAUGCUGGGUACAGCUUUGAGAAACUCUUCCCAGAUGUGCUCUUCCCUGCCGACUCUGACCACAACAAACUGAAAGCGAGCCAAGCUAGAGAUCUCUUAUCCAAGAUGUUAGUGAUUGAUGCCUCCAAACGCAUCUCUGUAGAUGAGGCCCUGCAGCACCCCUAUAUUAACGUUUGGUACGACCCAGCUGAAGUCGAAGCACCCCCUCCAAGGAUCCUAGAAAAACAGCUGGAUGAGAGGGAGCAUACCGUGGAAGAGUGGAAAGUGCUAAUUUAUAAGGAAGUCAGUGACUGGGAGGAGUGGACAAGAAAUGGUGUGAUAAGAGGCCAGCCACCUCCUUUAGCACAGGUGCAGCAGUGAUCGACAGCCCCCCUCAGCCCACGUCCUCCUCCUCUUCUUCGGCCAACGACGUCUCGUCCAUGUCCACAGAGCCCACUGACCCGAGCAGUGACCCCACCAUGACCUCUGAAACAGACAGCAACUUGGACAGCCACACCUCUCUGGGUGCACUGGCCUGCUGCAGAUAACGCACACAUACAAUACAUGUACACACACCUGCACACAAAAAGCAAACCUCUCCUCAUCAGUGUGUUUGAUGGGAGAGGAUUUAGGCCAAUGGAACUUCUCAUGUUAGUUUGUAGAGCUGCGCUUUUAAUGUACAGUUUGUUUUUAUUUUCCCUCCCCUUAUUCUGCUAUAAAUUAUUGUGUUUGAAAUUGUAUCAUUAUUACUGUAUUUUUUCAGCGAAGAAUCAGAGUAUGUUUUGAUGUGAAUCUGUGAUGAGAGAGUGGUAUGAGUGUACUUUACACAUUGCUGUUUUUAGCUGCUGCAACACAGUCGAUUACCACACUGUUAGCAUUGCAAUAUUAUGUUGACUAUAUUUUGUAAGUCUUCAUUUGGCAUUUUCUUUAUUGUUUUUGGGACAUUUGGAUGAAUCUAAACCAAUUCUCUUUUUAACAGUCGACGAUAGCGCACUUCAUCUUGGAUCUGAUUGCACUGAUUUUAUUUUAUUUUGAUAUUGUUCCUCAUCUUUCUUGUAGAAAGCGUCCUUUGUUGUAUCAAAGUUAACCUACUUCUUAGUAUUAUGUCACUUCUUGAUUGUGUGCAUCUUGACAAGCAGUCAAAUGAUCUAUUGCAUUGACACAGAAUUUCUUUUUUACUCUAGCAUACUGUUAACUGACUGUGUUUGAACUUGUUUAGAUACUUAGAUGUAGUUUGUAGGCGAUGGUCUGUUGGAUGAGGAAGAACAGGGUGAAUGUAAGUGAAUAGAAAUAUGGCGUAGUAAGGAGCCAGUGAUAACUGUUAGCACUGUAACAUUUUAAUAUAGGCCACUCCACUGGCUAGAAUGAGUUCUGUAUUUGGGGAUUGUCACCAGAGACUAAGUCUAAAUUAGUCGCUUCACCCUUUUGACAGGUUCUUUCAGACAUUAUUUACAGCUGUCUGAUAUUUCACAUUUAAUUUAAGUGCCCUUACUCGGUUCAAUAAUUUCCAGUCCUCUUUGUUGCAGAUGCUCCUCUCUUCUGUAAAGCGUCUUUCUGAGUUCUACCUCACACAUGUACACACACACACACACACACAUACACGUUUUUUGAAGAUACAGUACGCAUAUCAUGGCACACAUCAUUCAUAAGAAAUGCGAAAAAAAGACUUUCUUUUUCUGUAUUUGCUUUAUUUAUUUAUUUAUUUAUUUAUUUAUUUGUUUCAAGCUAGGAGGCAUCUAUUGUAUGUAAUGUACAUUUCAUUCAGAAGUACUAUUUAUAUGCAUUUUGUUUAAUUUUUUGUUUAUUUUCUGUGCAAUAUAAUUCAUAGAUUACUAUAGUCAGUGAUUGAUCUGUACAUUUUUACUGUAGAUGAAUGUUUUCUGAGAGUCAGGAAACAGUCAUUUGCUACCUGCCAUGGUACCCUUUGGAUGUAUUUGAUGGCUCAAAUUCCCAACCUGUCCCUUUGCCCUUUUCAUGGUUGGGCACUCCAGGCAGUAACCCCUAGCAUCAGAUCCCAGAAUGCACUUUGGGGAUUGUGACGCAUGUCCUGACCCGUUUUGGGCCACAAUGUCAACUGACUGUUCCUCUUUUUGUCGUUUUCCUCUCUUCCAUCUCCUCAAAAAGAGAUAAGAUAGAAUAGACUACGCAUGAGUUUUCUCUGAGCAAAUCUGGUUUUAGUGCAGGUACAUUUAGAGGAAAGAUGGGAAGGCCAUCCAGCACUGCUGGGAUGAUGCUGCAAUCUUCUAAUGGUCUGGCCAAACACUGUCAGCAAAGAGUUACCUGUUGUGGCGUGUUUUGAUCGGGCCAGUUGUGUAAUGUUCAGCUAUGGAUCUGAAAUGGCCUUUCUUAACAGACCAAUUAUAUACAUCAAAAAUGGAAACUGUCUACAUUCAACUCCAGCAAAUAAAACAGUAGAAUUUGAA